GCUGUGAAAGUCGCCACUACUCUUUCCUUCUCUUCAUCAGAUGUUUUAUCUGCCGUUUAGACAUCCCAGUUCUCCAAACCACGCAGAGUCCUGCGCAGUUCCACAGGAAUGUGAAGAAGGAUUUACGGCACAAAAGAAGUUUCAGGUGAACGUGGGCUUGGGCUUGUGGAGAAAAGAAAAGGUGUACCUCUGUGCUGUUCUUUUUCUUUUUCUGAAGAGGAUUGGUAGGAGACUUCAGCAUGCAGUGCCACAUCUCUGUGCCCUUUCUGCUCGGACUGACUCAGCUCUGGCCCUGCCAACCUGCUUCAUCCCAGCCUAGGGGGCCAGGAGACAACCCACCAUCAUCCCUUUUGAGGUCAAAGCGGGGCUGGGUGUGGAACCAAUUUUAUGUCCAAGAGGAACAGCCGGUGACAGAUCCAGUGCUGAUUGGUCAGCUGAAGUCUGACUCGGACAGAAAAGAUGGAUCCUUCCAGUACAUUUUGACUGGGGAUGGAGCAGGAAGCACUUUUGUCAUUGAUGAGAAACACGGCGAUAUUUUCCUUACCAAGAAACUUGAUCGAGAAGAGAAAUCCUUUUACACCCUAAGAGGCCAAGUAAUAGACAGAAAUACCAAGCUGGCUGUGGAACCAGAAUCCGAAUUCAUCGUCAAGGUUCAGGACAUCAACGAUAACGAACCACGGUUCCUCGACGGGCCUUAUGUGGCCAGCGUCCCAGAGAUGUCUCCUGAAGGAACGUCAGUCAUCCAGGUGACAGCCAGAGACGACGAUGACCCAUCCUACGGCAAUAGCGCUCGUCUCCUGUACAGUAUACUUCACGGGCAGCCAUAUUUUUCUGUGGAGCCAACCACAGGGGUCAUCCGGAUUUCAUCCCAAAUGGACCGAGAAACCAAAGAUCAGUACUUGGUGAUCAUUCAGGCGAAAGAUAUGGUUGGCCAAAUGGGAGGACUUUCUGGAACAACAACUGUCAUCAUUAACCUGUCUGAUGUCAAUGACAAUAUGCCCGUAUUUCAACAAAAGCUCUACCACAUGACAGUUUCUGAAUCCGCGGACAUCGGAACAUCCAUAGGCGUGGUCAUGGCAGAUGACAGCGACAUAGGCGAGAAUGCAGAAGUCAUCUACCUCAUUGAAGAAGAUGGUUCCCACACUUUCGACAUCAUUAUUGAUAAUGAGACUCAAGAAGGAAUAGUUAUAUUAAAAAAGAAACUGGAUUAUGAAAGACAAAGACAUUACAGUAUCCGUGCUCAAGUUAUCAAUCGGUACAUUGAUGAGCGUUUUGUGCAGAGUGGAGCCCUAGGAGAUACGACCAUCAUUAAGAUCAAAGUGGAAGAUGCCGAUGAGCCUCCUGAAUUCCUUUCCCGGGACUAUGUCAUGGGAAUUCCUGAAGAUGCUUCGGUCGGGUCCUCUGUUGGCACAGUUACUGCCAGAGAUCCAGACGUAGCCAGCAAUGCAGUCAGGUAUUCCAUUACUGGUUCCAGCUCUUUGCCAAGGAUGUUCAGCAUCAACAGACAAAAUGGUACAAUCAUCACAACCAAGCCCCUGGACCGAGAGAUGGCCGCUUGGCACAACCUGACUGUCUCAGCCACAGAAACAAAAAACCCUUGGAAGGUUUCUGAAGUGUCCGUACGCAUUCGUGUUCUCGAUGUUAAUGACCACGCCCCUGAAUUUUCCCAAUACUAUGAGACGUACGUGUGUGAAAAUGCAAAUGCUGACCAGCUCAUUGAGACGAUCAGUGCAAUAGAUGGAGAUGAUUCAGUAGAAGAUCAUCAUUUUUACUUCUAUAUGUCACCAGAGGCCAUAAUCAACUCAAACUUCACUGUCAAGGAUAAUCAAGAUAAUACAGCUGCGAUUCUGACCAGGAAAAAUGGAUUCAGCCGUCAAGAACAGCCGGUUUUCUAUGUACCGAUCUUAAUUGAAGAUAAUGGGAUUCCAUCCCUUACCAGCACAAACACCCUUACUAUCAAUGUCUGCGACUGUAACGUGAAUGGCAGUACCCACUCUUGUCACUACGGAGCACUUAUGUUUUCCAUGGGAUUCAGCACAGAAGCUUUAAUUGCUAUUUUGGCCUGCACCCUGACGUUGCUGGUGGUGGUCCUGGUGGUCCUUAGCCUAAGGCAACGGAGAAAACCAACACUGUUUCCCGAGAAGGGGGAGGAAUUUAGGGAGAAUAUUGUCCGUUAUGAUGACGAAGGAGGUGGUGAAGAGGACACAGAGGCUUUCGAUAUUGCCGCACUGAGGACCCGCACUGUUAUGCGAGAGCGGAAGACUCGUCAAGCCAUCACGACGGAGAUCCGGAGCCUGUACCGCCAGUCUCUCCAGGUCGGCCCUGACAGCGCCGUGUUCCGGGAAUUCAUUGCGGAAAAACUCGAGGAAGCCAAUUCCGAUCCAUGCGCACCUCCCUAUGACUCCCUCCAGACAUAUGCAUUUGAGGGGAAGGGAUCCUUGACGGGGUCGCUCAGCUCUCUGGAAUCUAGUGUCUCCGAUCAGGAUCAGAAUUACGAUUACCUGAGUGAACUGGGACCCCGUUUCCAGAAAUUAGCCAUUUUAUACAGCUCCUCAGGAAGGGCCAAGAAUUAGCCAUUCACAAGGUAACUAGAUGGAUCAAACUCUGUGGUCAGUGAAAUUGAGUGAUUCCCCCGGAGAUAAGAAAGUUCUCGGAUGUGUCCAGUGUUAAUUGUUAAUCUCCUGCGGAUCUGUCCAACCACAUUCAAUCCACGGAUAAAAAUAUCCGCCUCAGCAAUGCCCUCUGCAACUGGAAGAUAAUUCCAUUCCUCCCUUCAGUGUCCAAAUAACCAUUCCCAGUGAGGCUGCAGUGGGUUUAAUAAAUGACUACUUAUGAUCUGCAGGUGGCCUGCUGAGUUUUUUCAUUUUAUAUGGGAAACUAGUUAUUCUCAGAGAAUAGUAUGCUCUGUGCUGGUCUUUAUAUACUAUCUGGGUUAAGCUUUAAAAGCAUUUCCAAAGUUUAGGCCGAUAGCUGGUUUAUAUGAAUUAACCAAAGCUACAGUGCAUGGAAUCGGUAUUCUAUUUUGUAAUAUGAAAACUUACGUGUAAAAAAGACCAUGGCAAAAUGUUUAUGAAGCAUUUAUGGACUAUCGUAUUUAUUUAUUUUCAGAAGAUAAAGCUAAAACUGCAUAUACUGAUACUCAAAUGAAGAUCUUUUACGUGGUGUCAACCAUUACUCACCAUUAAAUUUGAAUG